AUGGGCCCUCCUGCCGCUGGCCCAGCAGUGGAGCUCAAGGACGGCAAUAUCAACGUAGCCUUGGCCAACAACUCCCUCGGCCUUACUACCGCCUCCCACACCUCCCAAACCUCCCCCCAAGCUGCAAACACCACUCGCACCCAAUUGCCUCCCAACCAGGUCACACCUCUCAACAACGCCACUCCCCCUCCAAACCCUCGCCCUCGCCACCGGCGUCCUCCAUCAUCACCUCGACGCCGCCCAAUUAUUCUCAUCUUGCUCCCAGAUCUCCCACCAGAGCUGCGGGACAUUCAACUCGAUGCAGCUAUGACCCGAGAUGACGAUGACGACUCGGCUUGA